ACUUCCCCCACUUUACCUUCCAUUACAAUCAUGUUCUGUGGUUGAUUUUCUGUUGCAAAUAAGUCAUCUGGGUGGUUUAGCUGGACUUUUCUUGUUUUUGAGCUUUCUACUCCCUUUCUACUUUUCUUUAGCCUGUAGGGUGCUGAGGCCUGGGUGGUUUAUUUAUGUGGUGGGCUUUGGUGAAGAAGAAUUCAAAUUUAUUGGCUGGUUUUGCAUUUCAAGUGAUAAUUUGGAUGCUCGAAUUCUCAGUUUUGUGGUUUCAAGGGCUUGAAAUGUGUUAAGCGAUAAUAAGACUUUUAAGUCAUGGUUGAUUAGGAUGGCAAUGGUAAUGAAACGUUAUGAGACUUAAGAAUUGGAUAAAAAGGCGGGGACUUGGCAUCAGAGGGAGAUUGUGGAAGAUGAUGAAGUGUAUACGUUCCGGGGAGCAGCUAAGAUUAGAUGACAUGGCUUCUUCUUCAGAGUCCUUGGCAACUCGGGACUAUUCGGCCAGUUAUUCAUCACGAGCUGCUGAGGCAGAUAUAAAGAUCGAGAAUAGCAACAUUGAAGAAGCAGAGUCAUCCCUUCGUGAGAGUGGUUAUCUCAACUAUGAGGAAGCAAGAGCAUUAUUGGGAAGGCUCGAGUAUCAAAAAGGAAAUAUAGAAGGAGCACUUCAUGUGUUUGAAGGAAUCGACAUUGCUUCUGUGACUUCUAAGAUUAAAGUCUCCCUUUCUAGAAGAUGUGAACAAAACCGACGCCGUUCUCAAAGUGAUGCUGCGCCACCCAUGUCGAUGCAUGCUAUUAGUUUACUUCUUGAAGCUAUUUAUCUCAAAGUAAAAUCAUUGCACGGUCUGGGACGGUUUGAAGAAGCUGCUCAGUCAUGCAAAGUGAUUUUGGACACUCUUGAGUCUGCAUUACCAGAAGGCAUACCAGAAAGUGUUUCUGCAGAUUGGAAGCUACAGGAUAUUCUAAACAAAGCUGUUGAAUUGCUUCCUGAGUUAUGGAAACUUGCUGGGUCUCUCCAAGAAGCUAUCUUGUCAUAUCGGAGGGCUCUCCUAUAUAAUUGGAAUCUGAAUAUGGAGACCACAGCUAAGUUAGAAAAGGAAUUUGCUGUUUUUCUGUUGUAUAGCGGUUGUGAUGCAAGCCCUCCUAAUCUCCGUUCACAGGUGGAUGGAUCUUUUGUACCAAGAAACAAUAUAGAAGAGGCUAUUCUUCUGUUGUUGCUUCUAUUAAGAAAAUUUGCCGCAAAAAAGAUUGAGUGGGACCCGACAAUCAUGUACCACCUUUCUUUUGCACUAUCUGUUUCAGGGGAACAGAGAGCAUUGGCCCAUCAGGUGGAAGAGUUGCUUCCAGGGAUCAUGGAAAGGAGAGAAAGAUAUAGCAUUCUUGCUCUCUGUUACCAUGGAGAGGGUGAGCAAAUGAUUGCUUUGAAUCUUUUGAGGAAUUUGCUGAAUAACAGAGAGAACCCAGACUGUGUUUUGGAAUUAUUAUUAGCUUCAAAAAUUUGUGCAACGAAUAUGAUUUGUGUGGACGAAGGGAUAACUUAUGCUUGCAAAGCGCUCUCUAAAUUGCGUGGAAGAUGCGACCAGAUGGCAAGUGUUGCAAACUGCUUACAGGGUAUUUUACUGUCAACUCAAUCCAGAUCAGUUGCUUCUGAUACAGAGAGAAUUUCUAAACAAACUGAAGCGCUUGAGGUGCUGGAAAGUGCUGAAACAAUAAUGAGAGAAAGAGACCCGUCUAUCAUAUUCCAUCUCAGUCUAGAAAAUGCUGAGCAGAGAAAGUUGGAUACUGCCCUUUACCAUGCAAAGCAGCUUUUAAAACUUGAGGCUGGGUCUAAUGUUAGAAGUUAUAUCCUUAUGGCGCGAAUAUUGUCAGCUCAAAAACAGUUUGUUGAUGCAGAGAAUGUAAUUAAUGCUGCUCUAGAUCAAACUGGGAAGUGGGAUCAAGGAGAGCUGUUGCGGACAAAAGCUAAACUCCAAAUUGCACAGGGGAAAUUACAGAAUGCAAUAGAUACCUACAUUUAUCUGCUUGCUAUUGUCCAAGUUCGAACUAAAAGCUCAGGUUCUGGCAAGAAGCUGCCAAAGAAUCGGAGAAACAGUGAUCGGAGUUUGGAAAUGGAAACAUGGCAUGAUCUGGCUAAUUUGUACACAAGUUUGUCAAAGUGGCGGGAUGCUGAGGCCUGUCUUUCAAAAUCCAAGAUUAUCAGUCCAUAUUCUGCUUCAAGAUGGCACUCAACAGGUUUACUCUAUGAAGCAAAGGGCUUGCAUCAAGAAGCUCUGAAAGCAUUCAGGGCAGCAUUAGAUGUGGAACCCAACCAUGUCCCAAGCUUGGUAUCCACUGCCUGUAUCCUCAGACGACUAGGCAGUCAGUCAAUACCAAUUAUCAGAAGCUUUCUCACUGAUGCUAUUCGACUUGACAAAACAAACCAUUCUGCAUGGUACAACCUUGGACUACUCUACAAGGCUGAUGUCAGUGCAUCAGCACUUGAGGCUGUCGAAUGCUUUGAGGCUGCAGCGUUUCUGGAAGAUUCUGCGCCAGUUGAGUCCUUCAGAUUACGACCUGAUCUUGAAGCACAUUUUGCUCCGUAAGCCCAUAUGUAUGUAGAUGUGUAUUAUUACUCAAAAAUACUUGUUUGACUUACUCUAGUUGAAUGAUGUAAUGUAAAAGUUAAUUUUAUUUGUUUUUCUAGCAA